UAACCAACUAUAAAAAGUCUCCGUAUCAAUUGUGUUUAUCUUGCUGGGUGUGCAUAUAAUUUAAAUUGUGUUUAAAAUUCUCUGUAUAAUUAUGUAGAAUAGGGUUUUGUGACAUUAAAAAGUGACAUCUUACCCGAUGACUGCUUUGUCGAUAUGCAAUGUGAUCACAAUCGUUAUUAAUAAUAUAAUGGAAAGAGGUGUAAUAUGUUAGGCGAGCCGCAUUAAGGUAUAAUUAAAAGGAGACAUAAUGCCAGUCCAGCUAAUAAACGUGAAGAAUUCAUCUGAUAUUGAAAGCUGGGAAUGGGGUGGUGGUGGAUGUGUACGGGAGGCGGUGAGAGCCGGAUCAGGGAGCAGCCGGACGUCUUGCAGUAACUCGAGCGGGGACAUCUGUCGUAUCUGCCACUGCGAGAGUGAGGCUCAUAAUCCUUUGCUGGCACCAUGCUACUGUUCUGGCAGCCUAAAAUAUGUCCAUCAAAGUUGCCUGCAACAAUGGCUCACAGCUUCGGAAACUCGAUCAUGUGAAUUGUGUAAAUUUAACUUCAUUAUGCAUACGAAAAUAAAACCAUUCAAUGAGUGGCGGUUGCUAGAGAUGUCCGGUGUGGAGCGGCGCCGGUUGUGCUGCGCCGUGCUGUUCCACUGCGUCGCCGCGCUCUGCGUCAUGUGGUCGCUCUUCGUGCUCAUCGAACGAGCCGUUGAAGAAGUAAAUAGGGGGCUAAUUGCUUGGCCGUUCUGGACGAAGCUGGUGGUGGUGGCGGUGGGUUUCACGGGGGGUGCGGUGUUCAUGUACAUCCAGUGCCGCCAGUAUUUACACCUCUGUAACCGGUGGCGCGCCCACAAUAGAAUAUUAUUAAUACAAAACGCGCCUGAGAAGUUGCCUAUCAGCGGGUCGCCGCCACCGCGCAGCAAGCGACGCGAGCGCAGCGCGCGCGGGCAGGUGGUGGCCAACAUCGAGCCCGCGCCCGCGCCCGCAGCAUACCACGAGGAGGACGAGAGCGGUGGCUUCGAGACAUACCGCGGCAACCCGCGCCGUCUGCCCGCGCUCGCCCGGCACGACAGACACGACCGCCCCGACAGGGAGCCGCGCCGCUACUCCGACGCAGACCGCGACCACGCCGCACCCGCCGCGCCCGCACCCCCCGCGCCCCUGCCCGCCUCCGCCUCGCCCGUACUCGAGGGAGGCGUGUACCAUAUCAGCGUUGACCCGCUCGAAGCUGACAUCCGGCAGCUGCUCGCGUUGGAGGCGCGCAGGGAGGCGCGCGCGGCGCGCUCGUUGCCCAACUUGCGCGCCAGCCGCGAGAGCCUGCUGCCCGCGCACGCCCCGCCCCCCGUGCCGCCGCACGCCGCGCACGCCCCACCCCUCGUGACGCACGCCCCGCCCCACACGCCGCUCGCCCCGCCCCACGCGCCGCCCGACCCCGCCUCCUGA